AAGUUUCUAUUACAAAAAACAACAACGGUGUUAGUUACAUUCAGUGCUCACACAAUCAACAACAAGAGAUAAAGGAAAUGAGACCUAUUCGUAGCCUUAUUAGUUGAUGACCCUCUUCAGAAAACAUGGAGAAAGAUUCAUCUGCCAAAGAGCUGAAUGUGGUGAUUUUGGGAUCAAAAAGCUCCCAGAAAUAUCUUGUUGGAAAUAUUAUACUGGGAACAAAUGCAUUUGAUGCAGUAGACAUAACAUCUGACUGUGAGAAGAGAGAAGGACAAGUAUGUGAGCGCAGAGUCACGUUGGUCAAAACCCCUGGGUGGCUGCCUGGAUAUCGCCUCUGUGAUACACCAGGACUUUUCAAGACAGAGAUGAUUCUCGGUGUCAGUCUGUGUCCACCUGGACUGCAUGGUUUUAUCCUGGUGAUUAAUGCUGAGCUACCAUUCAGAGGUGUACACAAGAAGGCAACAGAGGAACACCUGCAUCAUUGUUUUGGUGAGAAGGUGUUGGAUCACACUAUAGUGAUCUUCAGUCACAGAGGUCUUCUAGACCAGAAAACUAUUGAGGAUCACAUCAGAAAAGAAGGGCCACCACUCCAGUCACUCCUGGAGGCCUGUGGUAACAGGUAUCAUGUUCUCUGUGAUGAUGGCACAGACAACGAGGUGAAGGUCAAACAGCUGUUUGAGAAGAUUGAUGCCAUGGUCACAGAAAACAGCUAUUAUAAAAUUGAGAGCACGGUGAUGCAAAGUGUUGAGGAGGGGAGGAAGGAGAUGGACAUAAAAGCUGAGGAGUUGCGUCUUCAGACACAACAACAAUGGGAAAAACUCACAAAUCUCCUGAGAGAGCCAAAGCUGAACCUCAGGAUCUUGAUGAUUGGGUGGGUCUUUUCUGGGAAGAGUGCUGCUGGGAACAGAAUUCUGAGAGCUGAAGUGUUUCAGUCUGGUGAGAGAACAUUGAAAAUUUUAAAGCAAAGUGGCGAGGUGGAAGGAAGAGAGGUCAUCAUCAUGGACACUCCUGGAUGGUUUAAGUUCUUCCCAGCGGGGUUUAACCCUCCAGACUUAAAGUCCGAGAUUUUAAAAGCGGUGUCCCUGUGCUCGUAUUCACCAAAUGUAAUUUUGCUGGCAGUGCCACUUGACACAUCAUUUACUGAUGAACAAAGAAGAGUCACAGAAGACAACAUGAGGUUUCUUGGACAGAGAGUAUGGAGACAUGUUAUCGUCCUAUUUACAUUUGGAGACGCUUUGGGGAACAAAACCAUUGAGCAACAUAUUGAAAGUGAAGGGCAGCCUCUCCGUUGGCUUAUUGAGAAAUGUGGGAGGAGGUAUCAUGUCCUCGACAACUGGAGCAAUGCUGAUAAUCAGGUAACAGAGCUGCUGGAGAAGAUGGAGGAGAUGGUGGCAGGAAACAGCUCAUUUUAUCUCAGUGAAACAGAUGAUCCACAACCUGAGGAGGACAGAAGCGAAGAAACAAAUCAAAACAAAGAUGAGGACACAGCCAAGGAGAUCACAGAACAACUUAUGAUCGAAUGGGAUCGCAGGAACUGGAAGGAAUUUAAAGGAAGCUCAAGUAUGAUCACGCGAGUAACCUUUAGUAAAGGUGAGCAGAGGUCUGAGGGUUCAGAAGGAGAGGAAGAAGAAAUAAAGCACCAACAUGAAGAUAACCAGUUUCUUGAGCUAGAAAGUGAAGACGAUGCAGGAUCUGACACUCUGAACAAAAUGAGGCGAUUGCUGGAGAGAGAGUGGAGCAGACGAGAGGCAGUAAUGGAACUUUUCUACAAGCGUGUUUAUGGAGACACAAGAAACAUGUCUGAACCAGAUCCCUAUGAACUAUGGAAAUCAAGAGAAAAAGUAACACAGUGGCUGAAAACCCAGCAUACAACAUCUGGAUAUGAGAAAGAGAAAGAGAAUGAACAUGGAAAAAGAAGACCUGUUCUUCAGCCUAGGAAAUGUAGACAGUGGUCACCAGCUGGAGGUAUGGCAGUGAAGAAGAAGAAAUCUUUUUAAAAGAAUUACUGGAAUUAGUCUUUUUGCCUACACCACUGUCUAAGAAUCAUGAGUGAAUUGCAGGUGAGUUUUGUUUCAUACAAACCUCAUAAUGCAAUCCACCCUGGGAUAAAACACACACCUUUUUUUUUUUUUUUUUUAGAAAAUACUAUAGGAGAUUACACAAAGUAUUAUUGGAAAUAAUAUUUUAAUGCAGGUCUAUUUAGCUGUGUACAUACCUAAACUACUAUACUAAUUUUAAUCCAGGCCCUAAAUGUGCACUUUGUAACAGCUGCUGUAGUGUAAUCCAAUAGGAAAGUGUCCAUGUCAAAGUAUGUCCAUUAAAGAAACAUCACUAUAUAUCACCACCAGACUCCACUGACAAAAACAGUAAUUUUACUGAACAGCAAACAGAAGUUGCUAGAACACCACUGCCUUGAUCAGUUAGUUUGUGUUAUUAUGUGACUUUCAGGAUUGGGGAUAGUAUUCAUAUCCUUUACGUAAGUCAGAGUACCACACAAUAACACAAUGCAUUGCAGCAGCUGUUCACAGUUGCCCAGAUUAAAAAAUACCAGAGAUAUUUUUUACUUUUAGCACAUUUUGAUAUGUGACAGACAACUUGGCAGCACUUUAUUCAACCAACAUGUUUGGUAUACAGUUACAUACUAUAACACAUUGUAAAGGGAAAUUUUUCAUAGGUAGUGAUUCACAGCUGGUUAGGUUAUAUAGAUGUAUGGCAGUGUUUCAUUGUAUACAAUACAAAAGCUAAAGUUUCUUUGCUGGUAUUGGCACUGAAAAGUCACAACAUCCAAGAGACAAGGCAGGUGUUCCUUUGAGUGAACAAACAAACAACAUGUUUGUUUGCCCUGCUAAAGUGACAGCAACUUAUGAACUAGGAUAGAGAUUACUGUUUUUUUUUGCUUGUUUUUUUUAAAUUUUACACAAGUUGUGAGGGUAAAGAGAGAUGAGAAAAUAAAUGUUUUUGUGUAGUGUAAGGUACAAAAUCAUAUAACUACUACUACUGCUGCUGCUGCUACUUUUAUAAUAUACAUUUAUGUUAAUCUGCACCAGACACAGUAAAUAAAUAUGGUCUAGGUGAUAAUUCCUGUUUGUACAAUUGAAAUUCCAGGAGCUGUCCUGUACAGACUGAAGCUGUUUCACCAUUAAACCACACCAGUGAAGCUGCUGCAGACAGAGAAUGGCAGCAAUGAUGGAUGAUAAUAACCUCAAAUACCUGCCACACUGCACACUGUGUCUCCUGUAGGCACCAGUACUUAAGUAAGAAAGUCAUUUUGGGAACCAAAAAGUUAUAAUAACAUUAUUCUGACAAAUGUGACAAACAAAAGUGUGAAUCUAAAUCUAAAAAACAAAACAAACAAACAAAAAAGCUUAAGCUCUGUAUCUUUCCUUCAUUUUAUAACAUGUUAAGGCACUUUUUUGCUGACUGGUUACUGAAACAAUGCAGUGCAUCUGUUUUUAUAUAGCUGUGUAUUAUCCUUUUGCAUCAUUACUGUAGGUCUGUGCAGGUUGAGGUGGUGGAAGACAUGAACUCUAUGUUCAACCUAUGCACAAGUUGAACACUGGGAAGUGAGAUCUACUCCAUUUUCCCAGGAAAUACACCUGCAGGAAACCUGGAUUUUUAUCACAUGCAUGUCUAUGUGCACUGUUGUAUGUGCUGAAAAAUAAAUGCCUUCUCCAGUCCUAAAGCUACACAAAAAAACAUCAAUUUAGUAACACUGUUAUUAUACAAAUAAAGCUGGAUAAAAUUUUCAGGUGAA